AUGAUUGUUUACUGUUUUAAAUCUCAAGAUAUAUUUACGGUAUAUCAUGACAGCAACCGUACGGUAGACCCGAUCCUAUAUUUUGAUAAUUCGGCACCAAAUCAGCCGCUCUUAUGGUUAGGUCUUUCGGGUCGACCCCUAGGAGUGAUGGAACCGUCGGCUUACGUUGACUUUGAAUUAAGCGUUUAUCCGAUUGAAGUGGGAAUGCAUUGUUUGCCGACAAUUAAAAUAACGGAUUCUUAUUUAAAAAUUGAUUACAAGUUUGAUGAAAUAGCUUUUAUCGACAGCUCUUACGCCUGCAAAAGCGCUUCCAGUCCGCCACCACCAGCGGCGCCCCCUUCGCUGCUUUCCGGGGCGUUGUUAUUGGCGGCGGGCAUCGCACCCGACAUCAAACCACCCAUCCUAUUGACAAUCAUACAAAUGUUCUGCAUAUUUGGAUCACUCAUCAACUGUGUGGCCAUAUUCAUGAGCGCCGGGUUCGACAGCAAUGAACUCAAAUCAAAGGGAUUCCCAAAUUGUGACGAUUGCUGUCAAUCAGAGAUCAAACACAUUAUUAGUGAGUAA